UGUAGCGCAGCAAUUGAUUUCCCAUUGUUGGUUUUUCCUCUGAGUCAGGGCCGACAAUUCUAAAUUGUAAAGAAAAUAGAUGAGCCAAAUUCCUGUAGAAGAUCAAGUCGCCAUGACUAUGAAUAAUGACGAAAUCGCAGACGCCACGUCCGAAAGCAACCCAGUCGAUUCGUGUUCAGAUGAUUUUGAGUUUUUCACCAAAAUCGGAUUAACAAAGUUACAAGAACCGUCCCUGGAACAUACCAUCAUCAAAGCAAGCUUUUGCACAGGCAUCGGGGAUCAAUCCGAGUUGGCUAAGAAAAUAAAUAUCGUGGCAAUUCAUAAGAAUUCCCAUUCUAGUCGUUCAAGAGAAGCUCGGGCUGAUAGUUUUCAGGUUUUCGCUAAAGCGGUGGCUGACAAGUGUGGUGGGGAUGCUAAUUUGAAGUAUGGUUGGUAUGGUGCUUCCAGAAAUGAGAUUUGCGAGAUUGUGAUGCAUGGAUUUAGUUGGUGUAACACGGCUGCUGGUAAUCGAUACAGCAUCUCUUUGUCUCCUGCUAAGUUCGCCUUUGACAGUGUGUUGUCUUCGGAGGCUGAUGAAAAUGGAUUGAGGCAUGUGCUUUUAUGUCGCGUUAUAUUGGGGAAACAAGAAGUGUUGACUGCCAAUUCUAAUCAGUUUCAUCCAACUUCUCCAGAGUUCGAUUCUGGUGUAGAUGAUCUUUCAGCACCCAGAAAAUAUAUUGUUUGGAGUGUUUACAUGAAUACUCACAUCCUCCCUUCUUAUGUCAUCAGUAUAAAGACCCCUUGCUUAAUCGAAGGCUCCCAAGGAUUCCUAGAGGCAAAUACCAUCAAGCCUAAUUCAAAAUGGGUGAGGUUCCCCACAUUGAUUUCAAUGCUCUCAAGGUUCUUAGAACCUUCACAAAUUGCUUCCCUUAACAAGAACUACAGUGAUUUUCGAGAAAAAAAGAUUACAAGGAAGCAACUUAUAGAAAGGAUGAAAGAAAUAGCUGGUCACCAGGCCGUAGCGGCAAUAGUCGACCUGUUCGCAAAAAAGAAGUCGCUUUUAAGGGGUCAGAGUUUAAACUUUCAACUUUCAAUCCAUAACUUCCUCAACAAGAGCACGUGGGAGAAUGAAGGUAGCAGCAGCAGCAGCAGCAAAGGCGAAGCAGGAGCUGCAAAAGGCCGUUGAUGCAGAGAUUGGAGGUCUUUAGCCUUGGAAUGGAAAUCGAAUGAAGUACUAUGAAUUUUUUUUUUUUAAAAUGAUGUUUCAUUCAUUCCAGAGAAAGGAUUAUCCAAAUACAAGCAUUUUAAGUUCUAAAACUAAUGGGGUAUCAGUCCUUAACCUCCUUCCCAUCCCUGCCAUGAUAUAUAAAAAUUCUCUUUCUUUGCCCAUUUA